ACGUUUCCACAGCGCGUGCAUGAGUGCCGUGCAGUUCAUUCUAUUCCACAAGGCCAAGUCCAGAUGAGGUCCCUGUGGGUCCAAGUCCUGGUCCAAGUACUGGUAUUGGAUCUAAACCAGGUCUGGAGUCUGAAUCCACCAAGACCAAACUUUGUCCUGAUGAUGGUGGAUGACCUUGGGAUAGGAGACCUAGGCUGCUACGGCAACAAGACACUCAAGACUCCUCAUAUGGACAGUCUGGCUUCGGAUGGGGUGAAGUUGACUCAUCACAUUGCAGCGGCUCCUCUCUGUUCUCCGAGUCGAGCUGCUUUCCUCACAGGACGAUACCCCAUAAGGACAGGUGUGUUUGGCAAUGGAGUGUUUCUUUUUAACGCUGGCUCUGGAGGACUUCCUCAGUCUGAGCUCACCUUUGCCUCCAUCGCACAAGAGCAGGGCUACAAGACUGCACUCAUUGGUAAAUGGCACUUGGGUCUAAACUGUGAGACUAGCUCUGACCACUGUCACCACCCCAACAAACACGGAUUUAAAUACUUUUUUGGAUUUCCUUUGACAAACCUUCGGGACUGCCACCCCGGACAUGGCACCGUUUUCCAAUUCAACAAAUAUUUACCCAUAAAAACUACAGUUGUCAUUUUAAUCUCAACCAUUAUCGUGUACUAUUUUGGGCUACUUCCUGUUCCAAGAUUUUUGGUGAUGGGAGCGACAUCAUUGGCUGUCCUGGUCACAUGUUUUCUCACAACGUUCUUAUUGGUUGUCCCGUAUAUGAACUGUAUUUUGAUGCGAAAUGGGGAAAUUGUGGAACAGCCGUUUUCUACCCUGAAUAUGACCCAAAGGAUGACCCAAGAGGCGGUGGACUUUAUGGAGAGGAGCUCUGAGGGCCCGUUCCUGCUCCUCGUCUCAUAUCUUCAGGUUCACACUGCGCUCUUCACUUCUGCAGAUUUCAGAGGCUCCAGUGCUCAUGGUCUCUAUGGCGAUGCUGUACAGGAAGUAGACUGGAGUGUGGGUCAGAUCUUGCAGACUCUGGAGCGUUUGGGCUUGACUCAGAACACAGUGGUGUAUCUGACCUCAGAUCAGGGAGCACAUCUGGAGGAAGUGUCUGUGAGCGGAGAGAGACAUGGUGGCUCCAACGGCAUCUACAAGGCUGGGAAAGCCACAAACUUUGAGGGAGGAAUCCGGGUCGUGGGGCUGAUCCGAUGGUCUGGAAAAAUCCCCAAAGGACUGGAGAUCUACGAACCCACUAGCAACAUGGACAUGUUCCCCACUGUGGUACAGCUGACUGGGGGACAGCUGCCACAGGACAGAGUCAUUGAUGGGCGCCCCCUUGUGGACCUGUUGUUGGGUACAUCUCAGAGUUCAGAUCAUGAGUUUAUGUUUCAUUACUGUUCCUUCACAGUGCAGGCUGUGCGCUGGAGACCCAAACACCGUAGUUCAGUUUUUAAGAUGUUUCAUUUCACUCCAAACUUCUAUCCCGUGAACUCCACUGGCUGCUAUCACACUCACGUCUGUUUCUGCUCCCCUAACCACAUCACUACCCACAAUCCCCCUCUGCUCUAUGACUUGACCCUUGACCCCUCCGAGUCCACACCUCUGAGUCCGGGAUCUGAACAGGACUACCAUGACAUCAUCAGGACCAUGGAUGCGGCAGUGAGAGAGCAUCGUGACUCACUGCAGCCCAGGGAGAGUGAGAUGUCUGUGGGGAAAGUGCUGCCCAAACCCUGGCUCCAACCAUGUUGUUCCUCUGUCUCCCAGCUCUGCCAGUGUCACAAGGAAAGAUAGGGUUUAGACCUGGUUUAGACCUGGUUUAGACCUGGUUUAGACCUGGUUUAGACCUGGUUUAGACCUGGUUUAGACCUGGUUUAGACCUGGUUUAGACCUGGUUUAGACCUGGUUAAGACCUGAUUUAGACCUGUUUUUUUUUUGUUUUUUUGUUUUUUUUGCUAUGAGAAGGUUAAUGUGCAUAUGACAGGUUUUGAUGAUUGUCACAUUUUGAGUUAAUUUGGUGGAAUAAUACCUGUUGUAAAUAUAAACUUUUUUUUUCACGUGUUUUAUGUAUUUUUUUUUUUUACUUUUUAUUCUUUUGGUACUUUAAACAUUAUUUCAAACAAACAAAAUAAAGCCGUUUAUUUUAUUUGUAUUUGUCAAAUAAUAAUUUCUGUGUACAUUAGAUGAGUUUCAGCAUGGUUGCUAGGUAACUUUUAUGGAAUUCUUUAGCAUGGUAUGAUUUCCAACCAGGAAGUAAAAUUUUAAACCUUAAAAAUAAAAUUUUUUGUAAAGUCUU